ACAACAAAGAAGUUUGAAGCCGGUAUUGUGGUUGUCACGCUUAGUCUAUUUGGAUUGAAUAAAGUUAGCUAAACAUUAAGCUAUAGACUGAUUUAGCGUUUGAUAUUAUUCUCCAAUCGUUCAGUUCGAGUUAGUUAUUUUGUAAUAAUGAACUUCGAAAAGCAGUCACCACUUCUGCUUGAUGAAGUAAGUCAACAAAUUUUGAUGCAGACCCCUCUUCAUUACGCAUGUUAUGUCGGAGACGGGCAUCUGCUUGACACACUUAUUGGUCGUGCAUUGUUAUAUAACAAUAAUAACGGCGAUGCAUCUUCUGCUUGUGUUGGAGCUUUGAUUUCUGAAGAAGAUUCAUUGAACGGCUGGACACCAGCACACUGGGCCGCGUUUUAUGGACAGUUGAGUUGUUUGAUGAAAUUGCAUGUGAAACAGCACAGUGGUUGUGUGGACAUUCCCACACACAGAUCCCACACAUCUCCUCUACAUCUAGCAGCACAGUCUGGCGCUGUCCUCUGUCUCAAGUACCUUCUGCAGUGUGGUGCUGCCAGAAACAAACAGGAUUUUAUGGGAGAGACUCCUCUCCAUAAGGCUGCCAAAGCUGGCAACACAGACUGUGUGGCAUUGUUGGUCAGCCAUGGAGCUUCAUUAGACAUGAAAAACCACAGAGGCCUUGUCCCGUCUGAUGUAGCGGAGCAGUCUAACCACCCGGCGCUGGCACAGCUUUUAAGGAGAGCGCUAGAACAGGCAGAGUUCAACAGCUCCAACUCAUGGCCGCUGCCUAUUUCUGAGCUCAACGGAAGCUUGACACAUUCCCCACCCAACAUAUUCCAUUCCUCAUCUAUGUUUAAUUCCCACACAAUGAAAGAUAUGUCGGACUCUAAUAUUUUUAUGAAUGGUGAGCUGAUUUCCAACAGAGAUGCACCAGAUUCCUCUGCUAUGGAAGAGGGGGAACAGGAAAUGACUGAGCAUUGUUCUCAAGUUGUUGAGAGUGAUGGGCCUUUGUUAGGGAAAUGUUUUGGAGGAAUGAAAAGGUCAUUUGAUGAUGAGGAAGAUGUCAUUACACAUAUCCAGAAGCGCAGGUGUUUUGUUCCUGCAUCACAGAAAAGUCAUGCAGAAAGAUAUGGAGACGCUUGCAACAACAACAUCAUAUCGUCCUACAGCGGGGUGCUUGCAAUGAGAGUUGAGCCGUUAAAAAUCUGCUCAGAUUCCCCUCCAACUACCAUCAAGCCUGGCAGUCCUGUCACACAGCAGUCUUCUAUGAUGGAGCAUCAGGCAUCAGUCUUGGCACAGCAGGGCUACGAUAGCACCCUCAUGAACACAAUGAGCAGUGUUUUCCAUUAACCCUUAACUAACCAGACUUUUUAAAAAAACUGACUACUCCUCCUCUGAGCCAGCCUGUGAAGGGGUGUACUUUUAAUAAAGAUUAGAUUAUAGAAUAUUGUUAAGAACACCAAUGUUUACACUUUUUAAACUUCACAUAAGAAAUCUUGUAAUAAUUAUCAGAUUUGACAGUUUGGCCUAUUGUUUGAUAACAGACAAGUGUAAUCUGGUUUAAGGUCUGUUGUGUGUUUAAAGGAAAAUAUGUAGCCUUCUGUGCUUUGAAAGUUCUCCUUUUUACCCCACUCUUUCUCUGAAACAAAUAAUUAUUUAUCCUCGUUCAAGAUUACUUAAGUUCAUAGUGUUGACAGAUGGUCAUUAUCAGUUUAUUUGACCAUACU